UUUUCAUGAUCAAUGAUAGAGAAUGUAGAAUACACGCACGCUUCACUCCCACUCACAUGUUGCGUGGAUUGUUCUGUGCGUUUGGAAUUUAGCAAGAAACGAGGCAAUAGAUUAUUUUCAGUUUAAUUUGGUUAAUUUGUGGAAGUUGGUAUACACCACAAUCACAAUAAAUCAUGACGAGAUUUGCUCGAGCAACUGGUUCCAAAUCAAGCAAUGCUCGGGUCGUCGAAGAAGCUACUUCUUGGGCAGAGAUGAAGAAGCAACUCCUUGAAAACCAGGAAUCUGCUUCGCAGUCUUCAAAGGAAAUCCAAGAAAAAAUCGCAAAGGUCAAAUCAAAAAAAGUUGAGAAGGAGGCACCAAUCAGUGAAUGGGCUGAAUUUGAUUCAAACGCAUUAUUGAAACCAUCUUACUUGGAGCAGCAGAGUGAUACAGCAGGCUCAGCCGUUGAAAAGCCCGAAAUGAAAAAGAAGAAAAAUGUCGGCGAAAGAACUGAAUCAGCCAAAGAAAAAUCAAGUAAUACUGUAGGAAAGAAAAAACUGAAAUUGGCCAGUCCAUCAGGAUUUUCUCCUAAAUUGGACAAGGUUGCUGAAAUGGAAAAGAUCACACCUGAUGCGAAUGGUGGCUCUACUGUUGCUUCAAAAAAGAAGAUGAAGGGAAAGAAAAAUAAAAAAGAACCUGAUAUGUCCAAGAAAACUGGUGCAAUCGGAAACAAUUUAGUUUCUUCUGGGGGACAGAAAUUCGCCAAACCUGAAAACCAGGCAACUUCUAAGAAGAGACGUGCCGAAAAGCAGUUGGAAGGAACUGACCCCAAGCGAAGAAAACCACUAUCCGAAACCAUUUUUGUUGAUGGCAGAAGCAUAGAAAUUGAGAUUUAUGACGGCUUUCCUGUCCUGAAAGAAGAUGCGGCCAGGCUUAGGGAACUCUACAAGAAAAUGCUGAAAGAAGGUAUACCUAAAGCAGAGGCAAGGAAAGCCAUGAAGCUGGAGAGGAGGAGGGCAGAGAAAGCCUUGAGCAGGGAAAAGAAGAAAGUGUGCUUCCAUUGUCGACAGGCAGGCCACAUGAUGACUGAUUGCCCGAAGUUGUCAAGCGGCUCAUGCGAAGUGUGCUUCAAGUGUGGUUCCACAGAGCACAAAAGUCCCCAGUGCAAGGUCAGCCAAGGGAAUGACUUCAAGUUCAGCACUUGUUUCGUGUGCGGCGAGUCUGGACACAUUUCAAGGCAGUGUCCGGACAAUCCAAGGGGACUCUAUCCUCAAGGUGGUGGAUGCAGAAUUUGUGGCGACGUCACCCACUUGAAAAGGGACUGUCCGCAGUUGGUAGAGGAGCGUCAAGAGAAGACGGUGAGAGUGAGCAGCGUAGGAAACUACAACUCAAUUGAAGAUUUGGAUGAGAAAAAACCAGCACCUGCAGUCGCGUUGGGUGGCCCAAGAAAGAAUAAGCUUAUCAAAUUUUAAGGGUGUAUACAAUAAAACAUCAGUUUCCUAAA